AUGCCGACAGAAUCAGCCAAUGGCUGUCCGAGAGCUCCCCCGGAGACCGGGGUUGAUGAAGAGAGAAGAGGGAUAAAGGGAGCAGUGGACGAAAACGACGAAGUUUGGGUCCAGGAGCAUGAAAAAGGUAUAGAACGCAGAUUGCGCCGAAAGGUCGAUCUUCGUUUAUGCACGAUUGCCGGCAUUCUCUGCAGCUUGAAUCUGAUAGAUUCUGGCAUCAUUUCCUCCGCUGCAGUUACUACCAUGAUAGACGACCUGUCUUUGCAUGGAAAUCGAUUCUCGGUUUCUAUUUUCAUCUUCACUGUCUCCAGCAUCGUUUUCCAGCUUCCAUCAACGCUCGCAGUCCGCUUCGUUGGCCCAAGGCUAUGGUUUUCAAUGACCACCGUCUGCUUCGGUCUUAUUACUCUAGGCACCGCCUUCGUCAAGACCUGGCAACAGAUGAUCAUCCUCCGCGUCCUUCUCGGCAUAUCCAUGUCUGGCAUCUACCCGGGCCUGACCUACCUUAUCAGCACGUGGUAUACGCGACAAGAGCAGCAGCUUCGAUAUGCAUUCAUGCAAUCUAGUGAAGUUUUGAUCCUAGCAACCGGCAGUAUUCUAAACUAUGCGCUUAACCAGCUUGACGGCAGAGCAGGCCUUUCGGGAUGGCGCUGGAUGUUUCUAGUUCAAGGUCUGAUCGCCUGUGCUAUGGGAAUAGUUACGUACUGGUGGAUGAUCGAUUUUCCAGACAAUGCACACCAGAGCUUCUGCUUCCUGAACAAGGCCGAAAUAAACUUGGCUACCAAGAGGAUUGAGAUUGAUAGACAUGAUGCAGUCCUGGAUCAAAUCUCCUGGUCUAAAAUCGCUGUCAAUUUCCUUGACUUUAAGCUCUACGGCUUCAGUUGCCUAUUUUUCCUUCUAAAUCUCGUGUCAACCUCGUUAUCCUACUUCCUACCCAUCAUUCUCCAGUCAGGAAUGGGUUUUAGCACCAACAAAUCCAUUCUACUCUCUUCCCCGAAUUGUAUUAAAAUCUGUGACCCGUCAAGAAUUAACUCAAGGCAGCCAUACUACUACGCUAUCAUCCCUGUCCUGCUCACGUCCCUAAUCGGGGACAAAUUUCGCCUACGCGGACCUCUUAUCGUGUUCAAUGCUCUCUCAUUAAUUGCUGGAUUCCUCAUGCUUGGUCUUCCAGCCUCAAAACAAGUCACUGUCCGCUAUAUCGGCACGUUCCUUGCGACGGGGGCUUACGUUUCCAAUUGGGCAGCCCUUAACGCCUACCAAGCGAACAAUAUCGUUGGUCAGUGGAAACGAGCCACUGUAGCUGCCGCAGUAACGGCGGCAAAUGGUCUUGGGGGGAUUGCGGGUAGUUUUAUCGUGCGGUCUGUUGAGGCGCCGACAUAUACUACUGCUGUUUGGGUGUCUAUCGGGUCAGCACAACACCUUCCUUCGCACGAGUAUAGGCGGGCUCUAAUACAGUUUUUAGUUCACAUAUACUCAUGA